UAAAUUUUAAACUGCCUUGCACUCAGCUUCCAGUAUGCUAGGAGCUGUGAAAAUGGAAGGACAUGAACAUUCAGACUGGAGCAGCUACUACACAGAACCAGAGGCGUACUCCUCAGUAGGUAACAUGAAUGCUGGAUUAAGCAUGAACACCAUGAACACUUACAUGAGUAUGUCUGCAAUGAGCAGCACGGCUAACAUGACAGCAAGUUCCAUGAACAUGUCCUACGUGAACACUGGAAUGAGCCCUUCUCUCACUGGCAUGUCUCCUGGCACUGGUGCUAUGGGUGGAAUGGGCUCCGGUGUAGCAAGUAUGGCUACUCACCUGAGUCCUAGCAUGAGCCCCAUGAGUGCCCAGGCAACAUCCAUGAAUGCGCUGGCACCCUAUACCAACAUCAAUUCCAUGAGCCCUAUAUAUGGACAAUCCAAUAUUAACAGAUCCAGGGAUCCUAAAACUUACCGACGGAGCUACACUCAUGCCAAACCUCCAUAUUCUUACAUAUCCCUUAUUACUAUGGCCAUCCAGCAGUCUCCUAACAAGAUGCUCACCUUGAGUGAGAUCUACCAGUGGAUCAUGGACCUAUUUCCCUUUUACAGACAGAACCAGCAGCGUUGGCAGAACUCAAUCCGCCACUCUUUGUCAUUUAAUGACUGUUUUCUCAAAGUACCAAGGUCUCCAGAUAAACCUGGCAAAGGUUCCUUUUGGACUCUCCAUCCGGACUCUGGUAACAUGUUUGAGAAUGGUUGCUAUCUGAGACGCCAGAAGCGCUUCAAGUGCGACAAAAAGCACACCCCCAGGGAUGGCAGCGGUAAGAAACUCUCUGAAGGGUCAUCCAGUGUAGGUUCUGCUGCCAACAGCAGCUCAGAAAGUUCUGGGGGCAACGAGUCUCCACAUUCCAGUUCAUCCCCAUGCCAGGAACAGAAGAGGACCCUUGUAGACAUGAAGUCAAAUCAAGGUUUGAGCCCAGAUCAUACUGCUUCUCCUGUCUCCCAAGCCCAACACUUGCUCUCACAACACCACUCUGUGCUGUCCCAUGAUGCCCAAUCCCACCUCAAACCAGAACAUCACUAUUCUUUCAACCACCCUUUCUCCAUCAACAACCUAAUGUCCUCUGAACAGCAACAUCACCACCACCACCAUCACCACAGUCACCACCACCAUAAAAUGGACUUGAAAGCCUAUGAACAGGUGAUGCAUUAUUCAGGAUAUGGUUCCCCCAUGGCAGGUAGUUUAGCAAUGAGCACAGUAACGAACAAAACUGGCUUAGAGUCUUCACCCAUUUCAAGUGACACCUCAUACUAUCAAGGUGUGUAUUCCAGACCCAUAAUGAACUCUUCCUAAUUCUAGACAACAGGCAUAAUGGACUUGCUUACAGUGACUGUAUAAAUCUAUGUACUACAAUAGUAUGUGUUCCCUACCCCUUUCCUUCGGCUGUACAGUUUGUUUUUACCCCCUUUAGCUGUCAGGUUUGUCCUACUAUGUUUGAAUACAUUUUGUGUUCCCACUUUGUUGCAGGGGGUUUCUUUUUUGUGAAUGUGGUGGAUCCUUAUAUGCUGUGUAGUUUCUACAAAGGACCAAAAGUCUGUAAAAUUCUUUAUGUAAAAAAGGAAAUAUUGUUGUAAUUCACAAAAAAGUUUAAUGUUUUUUUUUUAAGUAAAAUGCUUGAAAAGGCUUAAUUUAUGGUUUCUGUACACUUUAUUUAUGACUAUGUAUUCUGACUUGUCCCAGUCAGGUUUUAACAAUCUCUAUUAAAAUCGU